GUACCAUGCUGGCUGGGGUAUUGUGGCUUGGUGCUCAGCUGUGGAUGGCCCCGGGGUGUCCUCACUCACCUCUCCCUUCUCCUGAAUGUUGUGGGCUUCGGUCUCGGCCUGCUCCAGCUCCCUGUGCUUGGGUGUGCGUUGGAGCAACGUGCCAAUAUCCUGCACCUAUGUGUGCACCUGAUAUUUUUGGGUCUUCUUACCCAUCUCCUCCGGCUCUUGGGACAGUGCCUGCUGGGAAUCAGGUGUAAGCCAGUCCUGGUCCCACCAGGGUGCGAAGGCAUUCAUCGUGCUUUUCAUGCUGGCCCUGUGGCAGGCUUUAGUAGACCGGUGUUUGUUUUUAGUGCCCGGCUGCUGAAAAAAAACGGCAUCGGCGUGUGCCUUUCCGCCUCCUGCAGUCGGUUCCAGUCCGCAA